GUUCGAGCUCAAUUUGUUUAUUAACCAACCUAACUCAAGAUAGAUCAAAACUCACCUCGACUCGACUUAUUGCAACCCUACACCUUGCAUUCAAACUGCAUAUGUGCUAGGGUUUCAGUGUCGGUCGCCAUAUGCUUCAUUCUACACAUACAAAAUUGAGAAGGUAAAAAAAAAAGUAAUGGUCGUCAUAUGCAUACAAAAUUGAGAAGGUAAAAAAAAAAGUAAUGGUCGUCAUAUGCUUCAUCUUCUACUUGGGCCCGUUGCCCAAACAUACAAAAUUGAGAAGGUAAAAAAAAAAAGUAAUGGUCCAGUUGGACGGCCCGACAGGCUAUGCGGGCUUGAGAACCACCGGCUUGUUAUCCCUCUACUGCCUGGAGCGGGGAGCCGCGCUGCUCUGUGAAACCAGCCUGGCGCUUUAUCCCCCAACUCUAGGAACCAGGUCAGCUGGGCCUUCGCCCAACCUGUCUGGCCCAACUCCAAGCUUAGAGCGGGCAAGCCAGAAAUUGGAUCAUCAAGCCCAGCCCUUGAGGCCGGCCCAAUGUCCCACAACCUUAGUGCCUCCACUUGGAUCACAAGCUCCCGUUACAGAGCUCGGCGGUGGACCUCGUUUUCCGCGCACUAAUAACCACAACCAGCAGCUUCAUUUUCAGCGAUGUGGUAGAUAGUCUGUAAUAUGACCAGUAGACUUUUUUUUUUUUUUUUUUUUUUUUAAAGUAGUAGACUUUUUUUGCAUUGUGACGCAAAGCUCAAAAAAUGGUCUCCACCAAAAUAGUUCAGACUCAGAAAUGGCAGCUCCCCUUCUUCCUUUCCAAGCUUGGAAUGGAACAACGGCCUCUUUUGUACAGAGCUGAGGAAAUUGAAAGGACAGAUGAAUAUGAGCUCAACUUAGAUCGUGUAAUGAAAGAGAUAGAGGACUACCUGCAGAUUGACAACUACUCAAGUGUUUUUAUUUUAUUUUUUAUAAUGGAUGCAAUGGCUUCCUAGCUUUCAUUCAAAAUCAACCGGGGUUCGGAAAUCUCCUGACAAUCAUAUAGGAUCCAAUAGUUCAGCAGAGGAUCAGAAAUCGGAACCUCAAGGAAAAACAUGCCCUUGACUAGUCAGAUAGUCUGCACAACUAUUACCCUCUCUGUACACAUGGGUGAUGGUAAUAACCUCCCACUGGCGAGACACAAGUUCUCUGAACCUUUCAAUGAUACCAGCACUAUGGUGAUCACCAUAGUCCAUCCGCCCUAGCAGCUGGAUAGCACACCGGGAGUCGAGCUGGACCUGGACCCGUUUGUGACCUGCAUUCCACGCCCACCUGAGGACCUUCAACAACUCCCCUCAGCUCCACCUGGGUGGGUUAUAGUGCAAACUCCCAGGUUCAAGGCGAACGCUGUAAGACAACGCCCUAAAUGAUCACGAAUCAAGCCACCAGCAGCAGCUGUUGCAGCCUGAACUGGGAAAAACGAAGCCGUCUGAUAAUCCAUUAUUGCAUAAUACAAAUGUCUUCCUCAAUAGUAUAUUAUCUUUUAGUCUACAAAAUUGCAUUCCUUUGUUUUUCUUGACACGAACAUUACAGUAUUUCAUACUUUAACUCAAGACAUCAAUGAUCAUCCAAUUAUUGUUCCUCCUAACAAAAUAGUGCAGUCUUA